AUGAAGUCUGAAAAGAAUCGCUCUCCAGUGUCCUUUGGCAAUGGCUCUGCAUUUGGAAAUGGCUUGUCUAGACCAACAGCCUCUGCCAUGUCAUUCAGGAAGGCUCUCUUGUGGCGAAUCUUGAGGUUGUAUCUAGCAGUGCCAGCAAGGUUGAGUGCAUCAGCAAGGCUCCUCCUCAUUCCACCAUUGCCAAAGUGGGCAAACUUGUCAUGGAAAGCCUCUAACUUUGACUCUCCUCUCCUUGAUAGGUACUCUGGAAGAUUGUGCUUGGAGUUUGGAGAAGGUUGGAUUGUGUCAUACAUGUCUUCCAGUGCCAGGGGAUCAGCCAAGUGA